GUCCAUGAUAAGGGCCAUUAAUCAUAAGUAUAUCUCGGUUAGUCCAUGCUGUUGCCUACAGUUUGACUUUAUUAUGACUUUAAAUGUCAUUAAACUUAUCGUGAUCGAGACAGCUAAUAGUACAUACCUUGCAAAUUUUAUUAAUGUAAAUAAAAUCAUGGCAUUGAAACCAACGACGUGCAAAGAAGCAAUCGCUCGUUGGGAAAAGUUAAAAGGAGAAGUGGCCGCGGAGGCCACCGUGAUAGAAUUGCAGUUCCAAUGGCCGCCAAUCGAAAAGAUGGACGGCGCUCUAUCCACACUCGUUGCUUGCGAAAAGUUAAGUUUGUCCUCGAACAUGAUUGACAAGAUCGCUGGCAUAGCUGGUAUGAGGAGCCUGAAAAUCCUGUCGCUGGGGAGAAACUAUAUAAAAUCAUUGUCUGGAAUCGAAACAGUGGCAGACACUCUCGAAGAACUGUGGAUCAGUUACAACCCAAUUGACAAGUUGAAAGGAGUCGGAGCACUUAAAAACCUUCGUGUUCUUUACAUGUCAAACAACAUGAUAAAGGAAUGGGUUGAAUUCAACAGAUUACAGGAAUGCACAUCUCUCAGAGAUUUGGUCUUCAUUGGCAAUCCUCUGUGCGAUAACCAGCCCGAUGUUGACACUUGGCGGACUCAAGCCUCUAAUCGUCUCCAACAAAUAACGAAGCUCGAUGGUAUCCCCAUUGUUAGAGAAACAUAAUUUAACUAUACAAUUAAGUACCUACCUACAUGGUUCCAAUAAAAUAAUCGAUACAAAUCAAAAGCUACUUACUCAUUUAAAUAAUUUUAUAUGAUUGUCAGAACAUUUUCGUAAUAAGUCAAUUAACCAAAUGCCUUGUAAGUACCUACUAUCUAUAUAAGAGUUCCUGGAAUAUAAAUUCAGUAUUACUUUGAUUGCGUGACACUUGCUGUAACAAUGGUUAAUAGUAGUCCACUUGCUUAGGAUACAAAUUACCUACGAUAAUACCCGAAAUAAUAACGCCGUCGCAUCGAGUGCUUGCUUGACAUUUAUGACAGAUUAUGACACUGGCAACACUAAUAACUACCACACACGCCAUCUAUCUAUUAGAUGACGCAACUAACACAUGACAGCACUAAGAUUGAAUUUCAUUAAUCGAUUAAUGAUUGCAAGGGAAAGAUUGAAGAUUAUAGUCCAAUUGUGAUAUCCAUUAUGCGUUAA